AUGGCUACGCGCAAGUACAAGCCGACAUCGGCGGGCCGGCGGUUCCAGUCCGCACACGACUUCGACGAGAUCACGACUGACCGGCCGUACCGGCCGCUCACCGAGGCGCUCAAGAAGUCCGGCGGGCGGAACAACCGGGGCGAGGUGACGUUGUGGUGGCGUGGGGGCGGACACAAGCGCGCCUACCGCAUCAUCGAUUUCCGGCGCGACAAGCGGGACGUGCCGGCGAAGGUGACGACCAUCGAGUACGACCCGAACCGCUCGGCGCGAAUCUCGCUCGUGACGUACGCGGACGGCGAGAAACGUUACAUCCUGCAUCCGGUGGGCCUGAAGGUCGGUGACACCAUCGUGGCGAGCGAGAAAGCGGACAUCGUGCCGGGCAACGCCAUCCCGCUCGGGAACAUCCCGCUGGGCACGAUGGUGCACAACGUGGAGCUCCGCCCGGGCAAGGGCGGGCAGAUUGCGCGCAGCGCCGGGUCGGCGGUUCAGGUGGUGGCCAAGGACGCCAAGUACGUGACGGUCAGGCUGCCGUCCGGCGAGACCCGCCUGGUGGCCCGCGGCAAUCUGGCGACCGUCGGGCGGGUCGGCAACGUUGACCAUGGGAACGUGUCCAUCGGCAAGGCGGGGCGGAACCGCUGGCUAGGCAAGCGGCCGCACGUCUGCGGCAAUUCGAUGAAUCCGGUUGACCAUCCGCUGGGGGGCGGCGAGGGCCAUGCCGCCGGCGGACGGCAUCCGGUAUCGCCCUGGGGGCAGCCGGCCAAGGGCUUCAAGACCCGCCGGCGGAAGCUGUCGGACAAGUACAUCCUGCAGCGGAAGAAGCGUAAGCGCUCGAAGUAA